AUGGCAUACAUCCUCUUCAGCUUCAUACUCCUCUCGAUGAUAGCGGGUACAAUUCUCUACCUCACCCGCGAACGAUGGACCGCAUAUCUUCCCUCCCGCUUCCAGGACGUGAUGUACUCACGCCUGCCAACAACGUUCAUGGGCGACGUGGAAGGCGGCUUCACCUCCGCUGAUUUUGAUCUGACGUCCAACAUUACGGAGGGCGACUCGCGGCAAGGACUGGAUCCGAAAUCGAAGCGGGACAUUCAGCGACUCAUGAAAAUUCGAAAUAUUGGUUUCGAUGAGGCGAGGAAGGUGUACAUGGAGCAGCGGUUCAAGAAGGCUGGUAUUGGUGCGGACGGCAUACCGAAUGAUCCCAAGUUUGUUAGUUUCUCCUAG